UCUGGAAAUAACUUCCUUUGGUCAAAAUACUAUAUUUUAUGUACAUUUGCAACAAUUCUAGUUGCAUGAAUAAAACAGCUUAACUACAAAUGUAAAAGUGACAUAGGAAAACUGAAAGGGAGAACUGAAAGUGGGAAAUUCCUGUGAAUAGAUAGAGGACCUGUCAUAUAAAUAGGCCAUACCCAUGGAGAAAGGACAUUCUAACUGCAACCUUUGGAAGACUGCUCUGGCACAAGAGGUAGUAGGCGACACUGUUUCUGUUUUCAUCAUGACCCGCAAGUGUCUCCUCCAAAUUGCUCUCCUGUUGUGCUUCUCCACUACAGCUAUUUCCAUGAGUGGCAACUUGCUUGGAUUCCUACAAAGAAGAAGCAAUUUUCAGAGUCAGAAGCUCCUGUGGCAAUUGAAUGGAAGGCUUGAAUAUUGCCUCAAGGACAGGAUGAACUUUGAGGUCCCUAAGGAGAUCACACAACCGCAGCAACUCCAGAAGGAGGACGCCGCAUUAAUCAUCUAUGAGAUGCUCGAGAACAUCUUUACUAUUUUCAGAGGAGACUUCUCUAGGACUGGCUGGAAUGAGACUAUUGUUGAGAACCUCCUUGCUAAUGUCUAUCAGCAUGCAGAACAUCUGAACACAAUCCUGAAAGAAAAAUGGGAAGAAAAAGAAUUCACCAGGGGAAAAUUCAUGAGCACUCUGUACCUGAAAAGAUAUUAUGGGAGGAUUCUGCAUUACCUGAAGGCCAAGGAGUACAGCCACUGUGCCUGGACCAUAGUCAGAGUGGAAAUGCUCAGGAACUUUUACUUUAUUAACAGACUUACAAGUUACCUCUGAAACUGAAGAUCUCCUAGGCUCUGUAUGCCUCUGGGACUGGACAAUUACUUCAAGCAUUCUUCAACAAGCAAAUGCUGUUUAAGUGACUGAUGGCUAAUGUACCGUUUUUGAAAGGACACUAGAAGACUUUAAAAUUUUUAUUAAAUUAUGAGUUACUUUAUUUAUUUAAAUUUUUAUUUUGAAAAAUAAAUUAUUUUUAAUGCAAAAGUCAACAUGGCAGUUUUAAUUUCAAUUUGAUUUAUAUGGCCAUCCAUAUUUUUA